UCUUUCCAUUGCCUCAAUUUAUUUUCGUAACCGGCUUACACGCUUACACGAUUGUGGGAAGGAAAGCGCAACGACCUUUCCUAACCUGAGCCUUCCAAGUUGGAAGGUUGUUGGUUUGCGCCUUGUGGAUGUGUUGGAGCAGUGUAGGUGUUAGGUGGCUGAAUGUCUCACUACUCCCUGUCAGUGUUGAUGCCGCACACGCUGACCAAACAUCACUGUCGAUAUGAUCAGGUUUACUACUUCGGUGCACAGUUCUAACUCAUACCAUUUUUUCCCGUGCUGCUUUUGUCCUUAAUUACAGUCAUUGUACAUUGUUAGUUCUAAACGUUUCUUCAGAAUUCCCAAACUCCAUUGCAGCGUAUUGUUAGUUCUAUAGCAUGAUAAUCACCCAAUUAUCUCUGUGUAUGCAUGUGUACAGCUAUACUCGGUCGACGACAACCCGGACAGGAAGGAGUUCCUGGAUGGACUUUUUGAGUUCAUGCACAAGAGAGGCUCGCCCAUCAGUCGCAUACCAAUCAUGGCUAAGCAAACACUGGAUCUGUAUAAACUCUACACCGAGGUGGUGGACAGGGGAGGACUGGUGGAGGUGAUAAACCGUAAGCUCUGGAGAGAGAUCGCAAACAGUUUACAGAUCCCAGCCACAAUCACCAGCUCCGCAUUCACUCUCAGAGUUCAGUAUAUCAAGUAUCUGUAUCCGUACGAGUGCGAGAUGUUGCAACUAAGCACCACGGAUGAUUUGGCCGCCGCCAUUGACGGUAACAAGCGAGACAUCCUCCGCAUUUCGCCACUGUCGCCGACGGGCCGGAGCCUGCCAGGACCUCCAGGGCCAAUGGUUCGCGAUCAUACCUCAGUGGUCACCCGUGCAGGUUCCGACACUGCACCCACCGGUCUCCCGCUGCGUGUCUAUUCGCUGCCUCCAUCCCUCACCAUGGCAACACCUGGUCACGUGCGGUCAGGGCACGGCCAGCCUGAGAUGCAAGUUGCUCAUGCAUUCACGCCGUCGGGAAUGCCGGUUUUCUUUGCCCCACCGCCUGGCGCCUCGCCCACUCCUGCAGCAGCCGCCGCUGCAGCCGCAGCUCAUCAACCCCUGGCGGCCCUACCGCCCAGCAUGGCACAUACGGCACCUAUAGCCGUCACCAUGGCAACGGCGGCGGCUGUGGCGGCGGGCGUGGCGCAGAGCUCGUCGCAGCAUCCCCUGCCGCCCGGCGCGCCGAUACUGGUACAGACACCGCCGGCCUCGUCACCAGUACUCCACGCUCCGCACUCGGCAGUGCGCUUUCAAUCCGCUGUGCCACCGCCGCCAACGCAGACGUUACCACCGGCAACAGCUGGAACGCCGUACAUUGUAGCCGCCUCGCCGUCCCUAGCAAGCAGCAGUAGGGAGGGUAGGAUGGUGGCCAGCCAGCCGCCGACAAGCAUACCAGUGGCAAGUGGAGCGACUGCAAGUGGGGGCGGUGUGGUGUCUGUCUACCCGGACACAGUCCAGUCACAGGCUUGCAGUAUCAGCCUGCAAAGAGCCUCAUUAAUACAGCCUCCAGGUGGCACAUCCCAAGCGGAAGGUCAUCAUCCAGCAGGUGGUAGCACUUCGAGUGAGAACCAAUGUCUUGUGGCCACUGUCGAGUUGGACGGGAUCAGCUACGAGGGAAUUCUGCUGCCCAAGCGGCUUCCAGUCGCCCACACACCAUCAUCGGGUGCAGCCGGCUCCGCAUAGCUUCAUCAAACAAAGGUUUCUUCAUUCCUACUCAGCAGUCCAUGUCGGACAAUAUAACCAAGAUGCCUCGCACGCUGAGUGCGAAAGCAGACAUUAUGAGAGGAUCAGAAGCUGCCUGAUGACAUCAUGGAGGCUCCGAUGAUGUCAUUGCGAGCCGAACCGAAUCUGGAAAUGCAUCUUGUUGAGAAGGAUGCGAAGGCGGGAACGAUCAGGAACUAUGGAUAACGCCCGCUUGUUGCCAGUCCUAUGUUCCGAGCAGAUAUGACAUCAACGUGUGUCUAGUUGGGUGUGUUCGCAUUGUGCAAGUCCUGACUGAGCGGCCAGGGCAAGCAGCAGCAGCAGCCAACCAAUCCGCCCUACCUCCCUCUACAUCGUACAUGGGAUGCCGGGGGACCACAGCCGUCAGCAAGAUGCCAUAGCAACACCAUGGCAACCAUCCGUAGGAGCACUCUCAGGUGCUGCACCACGAGUUGUGGUCGCCACGGGGUCAUUAUUCAUCAUCAGAAGUAGCAGUUAUCGCAAGACCAAGUGUCGGGGUGCCUGGAUCGUUCUCAGUGCAGCAAUGUGAAAUGACGCUCCACUGCAAAGCAAUUGGAGCAUGACCGUACACAGUUAGCACAUUGUGAAUCCGUGCCGAGAGCCUGGGGAAGAAGAUAGUAGCAAGCUAACUACAUGUACCUGCAGCUUCCUCAUGAUCAACUCCUUACAUCCCAUGCAGAUGUGCAUCUCUUCUGGCCGGCAUGGAUUGCUUAACCAAACAUUACUAUCAUUGUUGGACAUGAUGCUCUAGUAAUUGUUACCCCAUCACAUUUAUCACAGGGAGCCUUCUGGCGGGCGCAAGACCGCUGUUGGUACAUUGGCAUAGCUUUCGGAACUAAAUCUCUCUCUCUCUCUCUUUCUCCUUUCUUCUUCUUCGCCCUCCAUGCAUGGCAAGUGCUGUCUGCCUUGAUCGUGAGACCAUUGGUCGAGGGAGCGCACAGCACCUCUGCCCUCAUCUGCACAGGUCAAUUAUAGUACUGACGCAUCUCCUGCUGGUCAAGCUUUUACGUCCUAGUUUUUGUUUGAAAUCAUUAAUUAUUCUCACGAGUCACGAUGGCCUGUGGCCAAUAAGAGAAAUUGUUGUUGUUGUUGCUGCUGUCGUCAUCAG